UGCGCCACUGUUUGCAAACUUUUUCGCAUAAAUAUAGUGUUCAACUGUUCAUGAUCAUGAAUUUACAAAAUUAAUCAACUUUGUUAUUUGUGUCCUACCGUAGUAAUAUGCAUGUAGUAUUGCUAUUGAAACAUCAGCUUGAAAUUGGCAAUUAUCUUCUCUUCAAAAUUCAGAUGAGGAGUCCGUCAAAUUGAUGGUUUAAUUUCUAGGUAGCUAGUUACCUAAACUAUCCAGUAUCCACCACAAAUCCACGAUGGGAAAUCGCAUUUUAUUUUUUGAAAUUUUUGUAUUAUUGGGCGUUAAAUUGAGUUCCUGCUCAGAAACAACAUUGGCUGGGAUGGAAUGUUCUUCAUCAUCACACUGCUCUGGAAAUGGAACUUCUAAACCAUACCUGCAGUGUAUUAAUGGCUAUUGCCUCUGCAACCCUAAGAUGGCACACUCUGUGUAUGAGUACUUGGAUCUACACACACAAUCUAAAGUAUCAUGUCAAGAUAAAUCCUUGAGCCGCAUCUGUAUUGGCAUCUAUCAUGCAGAUGACAGCUGUGCAUGUUCUCCUGGCAAAGUUGCUUUUAGAGUUGCUGGCCAUGUUGGCCACUGUGUCUCAGAAGACAACUCGACUAGCAGUGGUUUUGGUCAAUACUGUUCAGCAGUAAUGACUGCGUGUGAUGCAAGUCAAGGCCUGAUGUGUCGCAAUAGCAAGUGCUUCUGCCCCCGCGACUCUCAUUACUUCAAUAUUACUCAGCAAAAAUGUAUCAGGAAGCUCACUUAUUCUCUCACAUAUGGCCAGCCCUGUGCUGAAGACAGUAAUGGGUGUGAAGACAGAUUCACCUGUCUUAAUGGGAUAUGCCAGUGCCGAGAGUCAUGCUCUACGUACCUGGGGACGGAAGGUGAUCAGAACAAAGGCUGGCGGCUGCUGGUGUUCAAAAUUGCACCUGCACUGUGCGUGCUACUGGUGGUUGUCAUCAUUGCGUGCGCAAUAUUUCGUCUUUCACACAGUUGUCACAAGCGGAUUAGAGAACCAACUGGCGACGGCACCUCCGUCCCCCUCCACAGACCCAGUGACCUCAACAUGACUCGCUCUCCGUAUGGCAGCCCUCUGAACAGCACUGCUCAAACUUGUGAGUUGAACUGCACUGCUCAAACCUAUAUGAGCGACAGCUUCCUGGCGCCAUCAGCUCCUGAGUUUGAAAUCCCGGAUGACGCUCCUCCGCCUUACGAAGAAGCCAUCAAGGACUCGGCAGUGCGGUGAUGAGGCUCUACCUGUCAUGGUGGUGGUGGUGGUGUCACUCUUGUUAGUGAUUUUGGCCACUUUUUGUAUAUGCUUCAAAAUUUACAAUAGGGAAUUUUCACUAGGUGGCACUAAAUGCGCGUUCUUUGAUUUAGUUUAGCUUUGGAUUAUGAUACGAGGUUCUUGCUCACGCUUGCUAGCCUUAUUUUUAUUGUAUUUUGUACGUCAUUUAGAGGUAUGUACCUGUUGAGGAAGGCCAUUGUUCUCGUGUUCUCGCUUUAUAACGUCUUUCUUCCACUCAGUAUUGUUGUGAUAAGAUUCACUCGAGUUCAGGGAUUUCUUAAAUUUUUAUUUAAAAAUGUGUUGGCUAGCGGUCACUUUGAAUUUUUUCACAAGCAUAUUUUUUUGGUUUCAAAGCCAAGUAUGAAAAUACAUAACAUUCAUAAUUGGAAGUUAUACAAAUGUGUUCGCUUUAAUUCAUUGUACAUCAUUAUUUUCAUUAGUGCUAAUGUGCUUUAUUUUUCUAUUAUCUAUUUAAAACUUUUAUCUACUCAGUUCAAACAUAAAUUCUCUCUACAAUUUAUGUUAACCAUCUAGUAUAACCUUUCAUUACAUCAUGGACGUACGUUGUGGAGUUUAAAGUUGUUUCUAUGAUUGGUAUUUAUCUGUUAGUUCUAAGGCGCUAGCUGGUAAAGAGUAGGCAUUCUAUUGCGUCGGUAGACACUCAACUUCACUUCGAGCUUCCCUCAAGUUUCUGUGCCUCCCAAAUAGUCAUGAUCUGCAUUUAUAAUUUUAAAUUUUUUACAUGACUGUGAUGACAAAUAACUCCGUUAGCGUUAUUGCUUUUCCUUCUCUUGAGUUUACAAGAUGGCGAGUAACUCACCCAUUUAUUUCUGUGAUCUACAGCAUCGUCUGAAUAAGUUUAUUUACAAUAAUAUAUUACGGUCCCCUAAUGUAAGUAACAAUUUCAUUCUUUUCUUCUAACUCUGCCACGAAUUCCCGACCUUUCCUCAUCUUCAAUUGUCAAACUUCCUAAUUUCUGGAAAUAUCAACAUUUUCUUGACAUUCCCGCGAUGGUAGAAAUCACUGCCAUUCACCAAUAAUUUCAUGGUAAUGAUUGAUUUGCCCUUUGAAGAUGUCGAACUUGUUUUUCUUUCUUCUUCUUUUUAUUUGAGUUUUCCUAAAUAUGCCUGAGAUACAUUAUUUACGCUGUCUAUAUUAUUAUUACUAUCAUUCCUUAGGAUCGAAACAAUGUAAUCAUGACUAUAACUUUCAUGAUUAUAGAAUCGUAGAUAUAUUAGCGCAUCAAGACAAAUAUUUUAGAUACCUUUUCGGCUGUUAGAGGACUUCUGACGUGGGUCUAUGUUGUCAGAAGUCCUCUCGUCGUGUGUCUGUCUGACUGCGGGUCUCAGUUGUGUAGUUAAGUUAUUAUGUA